AUGAGGAAGAACCGGCGCGCAAAUCGCAAACGGAUGGGGAAGGACAACAAGAGUCGAUCUUCCGCAGCUCACAACCCGGUCGCCUUGCACCCCAAACUCGAGACUGGAUCCGCGGAUGGAGCGGGAAUCGGCAGUAGGACCCCGCCUAUGGCAAAACACUCCCCAGACGCCAAUGAGGUCUCAUCAGAUACUAUUUCCACCGCGUACAGCGCCCACAUCGAGCCUACCGAGGAAGAGACGACAACACUUCUCGAUCAGCUCGACGACUUCGAACCUUGGAACGUCGCCGUGCUGCUAAAGGCGGCACGUAGAGACGCCGACACCUUGAAACCUUUCCUAAGCCAGAAUGCUCCUGCUCAAUGGGGCCAGCUACAGCCUUUGCUUAGCAAGAUGACUCAGUGGAACAAACUCUCAUAUGAGAAGGCUCAUAAGGAACUUGCCCCCGAUAUUUAUGGCGAAGAAGACUGGGCCCGCUUUCAGGAGUCGGGCGAGCGCGUUUGGGCAGAUCUCCAGGGGUGGAUCUUGACGAAACUUAACUCGGACCUCAAGGGCAUGCAAGAGUACUGCCAGAAAGCCUACGAGUCGGUUCACACCAGUGACUCAAAUGCACUUCCUUGGGAGACUUUCGACGCAUUAUGCUGCGCUUGCCUCGUUCCUCUCGAGGUAGCGCUUGUCGGCUGUGGGAAGGAUAGCCGAGAACCUAAUGAUGCUCGGCACCAACUGUUGAGCAAAUGGGUUGAGCUGGAGCAUGACGAUCCGGAGGAGUGCGUGCCGACGCUCCCAGAGACGUUUAAACUUAAUGAACAGUCGCUCUUGGGGACUAUUGACAAUACCCGUGGCAGAGAGAUUAUCGAUUGGCACGCCCUCUUCUAUUUCUUUGGAGCAAAAGCUCAGCCACAUCUCGGGAAAGGAAUUCUAUUUGAGUACCGCCUCAAACUAAACGGCAAUUAUACAAAGAAGUGGCUCACUCCAUUGGACACCACCUACGUAGCGCCCAAGGAGGAUUCCGACGACGAAUACGAGGACGAGUCAACACGCGCCGAUUUCCAAGCCUUCUUCAUAAUUGAGGACAAGGAUGGCAAUCCCAAGUUCGCCGGUCUGCAGCUAGGCUAUAUCGAGUACUGCUCCCACAGUGGAAAAUGGUCCGAGUCCAACAUCGCGGUAGCUCUUAGGGGUGUUGGCACGAUUAAUCCUGGACAGUACCCGCAGCACCGGCUGCCCUGCCGCUCACUAGGACGGGACGGCCUAUGCGUUAUCAAUCCCUUCGCAUUCGAGGAUCUUAACAAUAAGGAUACUGCCAGCGAGGAGAAGGCUAUCUUGGAUGAUCUUCAGCUUCACACGGUGCUCUGGAGAGGUGCCCUACCGGAACAUAGAAAGGAUUGCGGGCCAACCAUCACUCUCGGUAAAUUCGUCUCGUAUCGCGCAGAUGCAAACUACGGUGGCCUCCUCCGGCUAGGUAGUAAUUAA